CGGCAGAAAGUCAACACAGAACCGCGUUAUCCGAUUGCCAAGUACAAGUUCUCUCUAAUUCCAGAUCUGAAGCACAUCGAAGCCUCUACGACCAGAGCGAGAGCUUCGGCUUGAAUCGGAGAAGGAAGCAGCGAUCUUCUUUCUCGCGAAUCCACCAAGCAGUACACCCGACGCCGUCGCGAAGAGCACCUGCAAUCGCUCCUUCCGAACCACCGGCUUCAAAGGACUGGUUUUUCGGUGGGCACCAAUCAGCAGGGUUCCUGGGUUUGGUGGGGCGGUCUUCGCUCGGAACACGAGGGUCGUUUCUGGGAUCUCCAGAUAUACCGGAUAAGAGCUGCGAUUUUAUCGAGAGAUAGUAAGUUCGCCGUCUGUUGUUGGUGAUUUCUUCGUACCCACUACUCGUCCUUUCUCGUGACGUUCUGACCUGAGAUGAUCUGCAAAUUUACCUCAGCGUCUUUUGAGAUUAGCGUCUAUUGACAAACCAAGCCGGUCCAGGUUGAGGCGUGAAGGUGAUCCUCGGGUAUUUUAUAGCCCAAUUAAGAAAUUAACGUACUCAUUGUGUGUGAGGGGACCAAAACCAACAAGAUUGACUCGACUGAAGGAUGAUGUGCAAAGGAAGAUAGGGCAAGCACUAAAACCAUGCAACUGCUCCUAGUCAAUCAAAUACUAAUUUAUUAAAGAUUUCGUGUUUAUUUUAUUCUUUCUUGGUAAAAGAUUUCAUGUUCAUACUUCAUAGAGACUAGUUAUCAAUCUUUUUAUGCAGCAGAAGAGCAUCUUUCUUUCCAACUCCCCCCUGAUUGCCACCAUGGACAAUGGACGGAGUCACAUUGAAACAAAUGAAGGGAUGCACCCUUCAUUCAUCUCUCCAACACCCACAGGAGAAGGUAAUGAUCAUUAUGAUGUGUUCUUGAGCUUUAGAGGGUCAGAUACCCGCAAGGAAUUUGCCGAUCACCUCUAUCACAGUCUAGACAAGGCAGGGAUUGUACCGGUUUUCGUGUUCAGGGAUGAUAAGAGCAUUCCAAUUGGCGAGGAAUUCGGUCCACGGAUUCUUGAUGCCAUCGCUCGGUCUAAGAUUUUGAUCCUCAUCAUCUCCAAAAAUUAUGCAUCAAGCAAAUGGUGCCUUCGUGAGCUUAUUCAUAUCAUGGAUCACGCGAAGAGCACAUCACAUAUAGUUUUGCCCAUCUUUUAUAAGGUGGAUCCAUCGGAUGUGCGGCAUCUAAAAGGAAGUUUUGGGAUGGCUUUCCAUUCAUGUAAGGAGUAUUUUGAUGAGGAGGAUAUCCAUAAAGGGCAGCAAGCACUCAAAGAAGUGAGUUACUUACAUGGAUGGGAGUCUGAGAAAGUUGCUAAUGGGCAUGAAGGAGAAUUAGUGAGAAAAGUUAUCGAAAAGGUUUUGAGUAAGUUGCGACGAAAUUUUCAGCUUGAUGUUACUGAGCACUUACUUGGAAUUGAUGAUCAUGUGAACAGAAUCAUGAAAUGGGUAGACACUCCUACCACUAAUGCUCGAAUGAUUGGAAUCUAUGGCAUGGGUGGGAUUGGAAAAACGACUCUUGCCAAGGUAAUCUAUAACCAGCUGUCGAAUGACUUUGUGCAUCGUAGCUUCCUUGCAGAUAUUCGAGAAACAGCUUGCCGCAACAAUAUUGUUCAUUUACAAAAGCAACUAAUUAAGGGCAUUCUACAAAUCGAACCUCAAUUUGGGAAUGUUGAUGAUGGAAUUAAUUUGAUCAAAUCUAGAUUCAAAGGAAAAAAGGUUCUCAUUCUUCUGGAUGAUAUAGAUCACGAGGAUCAAUUAAAUGCUUUGGCUAGAGAACAUAAUUGGUUUAUGGCAGGAAGUGUUAUUAUUGUUACAACCAGAUAUAAAGCCAUUCUUGAUCAAUCUAAAUUCGAUGUACACAAGUAUGAUUUGAAUGAAUUGGAUCAGGAGCAUGCUUUGCUUUUGUUUAAUAGACAUGCAUUUUAUAUGGACCAAUCUUCGAAGGACUUUGAGGGUCUAUCUCGUGAUAUUGUAUCCACCAUGGGUGGGCUUCCCUUGGCACUUAAGGUCGUAGGUUCAUACUUGUAUAAAAAACCGAAUCAAAAAGUAUGGGAAGAUGUGCGGAAGCAGUUAAAAAGCCAACCACAUAGAGACGUCCAAAAAAUAUUGCAAAUAAGUUAUGAUGCAUUAGAAGAUGGACAUAAGCAGAUUUUUCUCGAUAUUGUUUGUUUCUUUAUUGGCGUAAAUGGAACAUACAUUGAAUACGCCAUGUACAUGUGGGAGGACUGUGGGUUUUAUCCAAGUCAAGGUAUUGAAGAGUUGAAGUUGAGGUGCUUAAUUAAGAUUGGAGAUUGUGGUCAAUUUGAGAUGCAUGAUCAAUUGAGAGAUCUUGGAAGGAGCAUUUUUUGCCAAGGACAACCGCCUGAGAAACGUAGCGGACCAUGGGACGACGACUAUGACGGAGUCCCAAAAGUACUAAGAACCUAUAGAUCGGUAAAAUAUGGCACUCCUUUCUUUUUCUUUCCCUCUUAUUUUAAUAUAUUUAAUUUGAUCUAUUCUAAUAUGUCAUCUAUGAUGAACAUAUGCUCUUGCUUUUUAGGAAGAAAGAUCUAUGUAAACAUCCAUUUAUGUCCAUCUUAG